ACUCGUGCCAGUAAGGUUGUGUCUGGUCUGGUGCGACUGGGAGGAAAACUGGGUAGACCCAGAGAGCUCUCUGUAACGCGUCACCAGUCCUUGCAGUCUCCUCCAUCCCCUUCACCCAACACAGUCGCUUUUGUGAUGUCUCAGGGGCCAAAUGAUGAAGUAACAGAGUUAACUCCAGCAAUGAAGGAACUGUCUGUUGUUAGGACCAAGUCUGCACCAGUGGCCAUGAAGAGUGAUCCUUUGACAAGUCGGUGUGCUGUUAGCCAUUCUUCAGAUGAAAGUGAGGAAGAUAGUUCGGAGAGAAAACAGUCUGCUGACAAUAGUUCAGAGGUGGCUGGUAUGACUGUUGAAGAUUUAGCAGCAAUAUGUAUCGGCUGUGCUAUGAAUCUAUCGCAUCACACAGCUGCUCUGAAGACUCGACUCGCCCAGUUGCAAGUGCAGCCAGAUCUCACAGUUAGAACAGCUCUUGAUGGAAUUACAGAGGUGGUAGAAACGCUGUCUGGAGUGCGAACACAACUAGCUGGCUCAAAUGGCGGAUCCAAUGGUUUGAUGUCGGCUCCUACUCAGCACCAUCCUUUAGAAACCAAUGAUGUUAAUGAACAAAUCACUUGAGAUGCCUUGACCUGCAGUAUUUUAAAAUUUUUGGAAGAAUUUUAUAUUUAUUGAAUUUUAUCUUUUUAUCAGAUAUUUCGGCUUUGUGCAUAUCAUUCCGUAGGAUCAUUUUUAUUUUGAAGAUGGUAAAUAAUGAAAAAUAGCAGUUUUAUAUUUAUUUUUUAAUUACACUGGCCUUGAUUUAACAUCGUAACAUUUAGAUAAUAGUAUGUUCUGAUUGACUGUUGGAACUGUAUCUAGGUAACAGUGUUAUCAGUUAGUCUACUCGGAACUAAUUUCUGAAUUUUAGAUUUUAACAGAACAAAAUCCCGCCAUUUUUAAUUGCCCAAAGUUUAAUGCAUUUUAGAAAGUAUAAAUAUUUUCUAUAAAUAGGUUUUUUUGCCUAUUUUUAAAACUAUAUACACAAGAUGUUUAUAUUUGAAAUAAAAUGAAUACAAAUAUAUAAGUAAUGUUGUGGACUUACAAAGAAGUUCUUUUAAGACAGUUUUUGCUUGCCAAUAUUUAAAUGAUCUAGGUACUGGCAGCAAAAAUGUUACCCCAGUGAUAGUUUUGUGUCAUUUUCAAGUUCAGAUUUUAAACCAUAUUUUCAUGUAAGUGACAUAACAAGUAAUUUCAUAGCUGUAGUUUCAACCUCACAUGGCAACUUUAAUUUUUAAAAUUGUAGUAGCGAUUCAGUUGUUUAGUGUAGGUGACAGGCCCUGCCCACUGCUGGGAAUACUGAAAGUGACUUGGCAGAUAUCUUUAUUGUUUUUCUUCCUGCUCUUGAGGAACGUCGGGGGUUUGCUGCAGAUUUUGUUACUUGAUUUUUGGUUAUAUGACUGGAUUUCACUGAAGUAUUAUCACUUACUUGAGUAGCCCUCAAGCUUUAAUAGUUCUCAGGAUAAUUUUUUAUAGUUCUUUGAUUAUUGUUACAGUCAACCCCCGCUAUUUGUUGAUUAUUAUUACGGUUAACCCCUGCUAUUCGCACACUCACCUAUUCAUAGAUUUCUCUAUGGAACAUGUACUAUACACAUUAUUUGCAGAGAAAAUUUGCUAUUUGUGGGAUUUUUCUGAGAGAAAUAUUCACUAAUUACUGUAUUUUCAUAUUUUCAUGACUAAAUGCACUUUUUUUAAUAAAACUAAUAAAAUAUUCAGGUAUAAGCCUUUUUAGAGGGCUUUGUUUUUCAUGUGAACUAUCAAAAUAGGCAGUUCUAAGGGUUUUUAGAGGGGUUGUAAGUAUUCACCGAUUUUAUUUAUAUGUUGGGGGGUGUGGGUUGUUUGCACACAUCCCCCACAAAUACUGGGGACUGACUGUAUGUCUGAUUUAGGUUCACCUAGUUUCGCUAUUGUAGUGAAAGUUGCAAACCAGUUUGAUUGAAUCUUCAUGAUUCUCUUACAAUUUAAAGUAAAUGUAGUGGGCAGAAAUGUAUUAAGGAGAAAACUUGUGCUUAAAAUGUAAUGAUUAGCAAGAGUAGAAAAUACUUCAUCUUAAUUAGACAAUUAGAGAGGGAUAGAAAGUUGAAACCAGCCUCUAGAGCCAAGAAAUGAGCUUCCCUUACCCUAGAAUUCCACCCUAGCCUUGUUAGAAGAUAGCCCUGCUAUUCCAUCUUCCCAUCUUCCAAAUUUUUCAUCUGCUACUAACCCUCCUACUUUUAAUUCACCUAGUCCCGCAACUGGCUCCCUAGCUUAUAUAACCGGUGCAAUUGCCAGUCUAGAGUCAUUUGUCAAGAAAAUUAAACUAUUAGUGGAAUUCAGUGGCGGAGUUAAGUGCGUCACUUAAGGUGUUAAUGGUAAAACAUAUUCAGACAGUGCCAUUUUUCGCAAGCUGGCACAUGACAGUGCAUUGUUAGUGGAGGAGGUGGCUACUCAUACCCCAAUUCUCCUAGAUGAAGGUCCCUUCUAUACUCCCCUAAACCUUGGAGGAGUUGCACAGUAGAUCCAAGGGAGGUCGGGGGGGUUGGCCCAUGGUUAGUUGCUCCUACAGCUGUACCUGUUGUACAGACCCAGGUGUCUGUAGGACUAGCACCACUGCCCUGUUCCCCCAACCCAGGUAGAAGACAUAUACCAAGUCCAAGGGAGGCUAAUGGGUUUGUCCACAGGUACUCAACUCUCUCAGUCAAGCCCAAGGCACAAUCUCAAGUGCCAUCAGACAGCCAUUGAAAAGAUGUCUCAUUAAAGACACCAAGUUUUCGUACGGAUACUUCAAAU